CUAUAUCCAAAAUUAACAAUUACCGGCGAUUCUGCCGCCAACAGCCAAUCUCCGACGUUCAAUUAUCAAUCUACCUCUUCCUAUUUUCUCUACGGCGUGUCGUUUUCAGAUGGAUCUUGAAGCCAAAAGGUUUGGAAGGGGUCCGAGGGAACUUGGUGGUGCUGGUGAUCUCAUAAAUCUAUAUAAGCUUUGGCCUCAUCAUGAGUUCUUCUGCAAGAGAUCACUGCCUUUGUCAAUAUCAGAGACUCAUUAUUUACAUAAUGUGGUGGGAGAUAGAUUAAUCAGGAAAGGGGAAGGGAUGGAAUUGGAUCAGCUCUUUCAAAGCAACCUUUAUAUGAGAGAAAAAAAUGCACACAUACAUCCCUUUGAUUUGGAUGUACUUUGUGAAGCUUUUCCAAUAAGGGAAACAACUCCUGUUAAACUGCCUUCUGCAGAGAAGGGGAUCCGUACCUCAGUGGUGAAGUCAAAGAGUGAAUUAGAAAACAAGGAGAGGAAGCAUAAGAAGCACAAUGACAAGGAUAAAGAUCAUAAGAAGCACAAAAACCGUCACAAGGACAACAGUGGUGAUGCUGUUAAGAACAUAAAUGUUGAUUACGGCUUGAAAACUGAGCAGUUGAAGGAACACCAAGAUAUGUUCAUUCAGAAGAGGAGGCUCGAUGGUUUUGAAGAUCCUUCUGUCUUUGGACAUAAAAAAGCCAGAAUCCAAAGAUAACUGAGACUGGCAAGCUAGAGGUGACCGCCGACUGGUUUAAAACAACAUUGCCUCGGUUUCUCUGGAUUUUGUAACUCCCAAAAGUCCUCAGUUAAGCUAGCAGUCAAUUCAUCAAAAGAAAAGGGACAAGGCAAACUAUGAAGUAUUUUAGACAAUAUAAACCUAGGAUCCUGUUUAUCAUUGAACACCUGUCACAUGGUUUAUAUGUUAAAAUGACAGAAAUGUAAAACAAUCUGCUUUUGUUUUAUUGUUCCAAUCUAUCUUCUUCCA